GGCGGCGGCAAGGUGGGCUAUCUCGUCUACGCGGGCGGCCGGAGGUUCCUCCUGGACCUGGAGCGGGAUGGCUCGGUGGGCGCCGCUGGCUUCGUGCCCGCAGGAGGCGGGCCGAACGCAACCCGGCGCCACCCGGGUCACUGCUUCUACAGGGGCACGGUGGACGGCAGCCCCCGCUCCCUGGCUGUCUUUGACCUCUGCGGUGGUCUCGACGGCUUCUUCGCGGUCAAGCACGCGCGCUACACCCUGAAGCCGCUGCUGCGCGGGUCCUGGGCGGAGGCAGAGGCCGGGCGCGUGUACGGAGACGGGUCCGCGCGGAUCCUGCACGCCUACACCCGCGAGGGCUUCAGCUUCGAGGCCCUGCCGCCGCGCACCAGCUGCGAGACCCCCGCGUCUCCGCCAGGGCCGCGUGAGCGCCCCCAGCCGCAGAGCAGCCUGGACCGACGCUGGAGGCUGGCCCCGCGGUUCCUGGACCAGUCGGCUCCCUCGUCAGAUGGGGGCCAGGGCCCACAGACGUGGUGGCGGCGGCGGCGCCGCUCCAUCUCCCGGGCCCGCCAGGUGGAGCUACUCCUGGUGGCUGACGCGUCCAUGGCGAAGAUGUAUGGCCGGGGCCUGCAGCAUUACCUGCUGACCCUGGCAUCCAUCGCCAACAAGCUGUAUAGCCAUGCCAGCAUUGAGAACCACAUCCGCCUGGCCGUGGUGAAGGUGGUGGUGCUGGGCGACAAGGACAAGACCCUGGAGGUGAGCAAGAACGCGGCCACCACCCUCAAGAACUUUUGCAAGUGGCAGCACCAGCACAACCAGCUGGGGGAUGACCAUGAGGAGCACUACGAUGCGGCCAUUCUGUUUACUCGGGAGGAUUUAUGUGGGCAUCAUUCAUGUGACACCCUGGGAAUGGCAGACGUUGGGACCAUAUGUGCCCCGGAGCGCAGCUGUGCUGUGAUCGAAGAUGAUGGCCUCCACGCAGCUUUCACUGUGGCUCACGAAAUUGGACAUCUACUUGGCCUCUCCCAUGACGAUUCCAAAUUCUGCGAAGAGAACUUUGGUUCCACAGAAGAUAAGCGCUUGAUGUCUUCCAUCCUAACCAGCAUUGAUGCCUCCAAACCCUGGUCCAAAUGCGCCUCAGCCACCAUCACAGAGUUCCUGGAUGAUGGCCACGGUAACUGUUUGCUAGACCUACCUCGCAAGCAGAUCCUGGGCCCUGAAGAACUCCCAGGACAGACCUACGAUGCCACCCAGCAGUGCAACCUGACAUUUGGGCCUGAGUACUCGGUGUGUCCUGGCAUGGACGUCUGCGCCCGCCUGUGGUGUGCUGUGGUGCGCCAGGGCCAGAUGGUGUGUCUCACCAAGAAGCUGCCAGCUGUGGAAGGGACACCAUGUGGGAAAGGGAGGAUUUGCCUGCAGGGCAAGUGUGUGGACAAAACCAAGAAAAAAUAUUAUUCAACAUCAAGUCAUGGCAACUGGGGGUCCUGGGGGUCCUGGGGCCAGUGUUCCCGCUCCUGUGGGGGAGGAGUGCAGUUUGCUUAUCGACACUGCAAUAACCCAGCACCCAGAAACAGUGGCCGCUACUGCACGGGAAAGAGGGCCAUCUACCGGUCUUGCAGUGUCGCGCCCUGUCCUGCCAACGGUAAAUCUUUUCGUCACGAGCAAUGUGAGGCCAAAAAUGGAUAUCAGUCUGACGCGAAAGGAGUCAAGACAUUUGUGGAAUGGGUUCCCAAAUAUGCCGGCGUCCUACCGGGGGACGUGUGCAAACUGACCUGCAGAGCUAAGGGCACCGGCUACUACGUGGUGUUUUCUCCAAAGGUGACCGAUGGAACCGAAUGUAGGCCGUACAGUAAUUCCGUCUGCGUCCGGGGGAAGUGUGUGCGGACUGGCUGUGAUGGCAUCAUUGGCUCAAAGCUGCAGUAUGACAAGUGUGGAGUCUGUGGAGGAGACAACUCCAGUUGUACCAAGAUUAUCGGUACCUUCAAUAAAAAAAGUAAGGGUUAUACAGAUGUUGUGAGGAUUCCUGAAGGCGCAACCCACAUAAAGGUCCGACAGUUCAAAGCCAAAGACCAGACUAGAUUCACUGCCUACUUAGCCCUGAAGAAAAAAAAUGGUGAGUACCUUAUCAACGGAAAGUACAUGAUCUCCACUUCGGAAACAAUCAUUGACAUCAAUGGAACAGUCAUGAACUACAGUGGCUGGAGCCACAGGGAUGACUUCUUGCAUGGGAUGGGCUAUUCGGCCACAAAGGAAAUUCUAAUAGUGCAGAUUCUUGCUACAGACCCAACUAAAGCAUUAGAUGUCCGAUACAGUUUUUUUGUUCCCAAUAAGUCCACUCAAAAAGGAAACUCUGUCACUAGCCACGGCAGCAAUAAAGUAGGACCGCACACUCCACAGCUGCAGUGGGUGACGGGCCCAUGGCUUGCCUGUUCCAGGACCUGUGACACGGGAUGGCACACUCGGACGGUGCAGUGCCAGGAUGGAAACCGGAAGUUAGCAAAAGGAUGUCUUCUCUCUCAGAGGCCUUCUGCAUUUAAGCAAUGUUUGCUGAAGAAAUGUUAGCCUGUGGUUACAGUCUUACGCCGAGAUAACUGGAUGAUUCAUCACUAAUUGGUUGUGGUGAACAAGAAGAGGUCUACCUAAAGCACAGAAAGUCACGCUUCAGUGUCAUUGCCAACAGGAGUCCAAUUAUGGGCAGAAUCUGCUCCCUUUGACCAAAUGAAAAUGUGCACUGUUUCAUGUGACAGUGGUGACCUUGGAAUAUAGAAAAACUUGGGAGUUAAUGAACAUCCCGUAGGCCCACAAGAAUGAAAAAACACUGAUGAAUGUAGAAUCAGGCGACAUUUGAAGAUGGCAGAACAGCAGUCUCCCGUUUGUCACCUACCUCUUACAGAAUGUCUUCAAAGGCAUCAUAAUCAUUUUCACCCAUAAUACACAGUAGCUUAUUUUUAUUGUUUGUAAACAUUAUCCCUUGGUAUGUCACUUUAUAUCACUUGAUUCUAUUAAAAAUAUAUAUAUGUAUAUAAAUAUAUAUAUAUAUUUCUAUUAAAAAAAAAAGUGUUUGACCAAAGUAGGUCUACAGCUAUUUCAACUCCUUUCAGUUUCCAGAAAGAGCUGUGGAUGUUUUACUGGAAAUUAAGAACUUGCUGCUGUUUUAAUAAGAUUUAGUAUACUUUUAGACAACAGGAGAUCAAAUUUUAGUCAAAACACAUUUUGACAGCAAGCAUCUUCUGAGAAAAGCUGAAAAGAAAAGGAUCUCAGUGUAUCUAGUCAUUUACAUACAUAUGCAGGUCCAUCUACUUAAACCUUUGAUGGCCUGUAUUUUUUCAGGCAGCCAGCCAAAUUAAUGCCUAAUUAGGUUGUAGAAGUCGUGUUUGUAUGUGUGUACGUUAAUGAUAUUCAAGAGUCUAAAAAUUAGUUUCCUCAUGUUAGAAUUUACAAGGAUAAAAACAUACUUCAUAUUUUCAAUUUAUCUUUCACAAUCGCUUUCCCUUUCUACGGCUCUCAUUUGAUAUCUCACAAUGUGUAAUACACAUGCAGUACACACAGCAAAGAGUUUUCUAAUCACAAUUCAAUACUUUCGAUACUGGUGUACCUCUUACCAGCAAGCCUUUAAAAUGUGUUUGUUUUUGCUUAUUUGUUGUUUUGUUCAAGAGUCUUUAAGACCUACAAUGUUUUGGACUUCUUGUUGACUUAGUUAAUAAGAAUAUUAAAGCUCACUUGGUAGUUAGCCACAUCCAGAAGUGAUUAUCAUUAAUGUGGCUAGUGAAAAAAAAAAAAAAGUGGUUAAUAUCAGUAAGACUGUUUCCACACCAUAUAGGCAAUAAUUUCUUGCAUUUUUUUAAAAUCCAAGUAUACUGAUACUGCACUUAAGAUUUUUCCCGAUUGGAAAGCAUUUGAUUGUACCAGUAAGUGUUUGAGUGAUGAAAUAUGAUGAUUUUUGAGAAUUUUUGUGCUUUUAUUUUUGAUAGCCUGCCUAGGUAGGUUGUAAGUUUGAAUAGUUUGACAUGGAAAAUUUUUACAAUCGUAUGCAUAAAAAUCUCUUUUUAGAUAGUAGACUGAAUCCCUCCACCCCAGAAAACCUAAGGUGUUUCAUUUCAUUGGAAUUUUUUUCCUUUGUGAAGUAUCACAAAGCCAAUCAUUUUUAUAAAAUUGUAUAAUAAGCAUACCAAAUGUGCCUAUUGUGAAGAUUUGCAUAUAAAGAUGAUAGGGAGCUACUUGUUUGAGUUCCCUAAAGCUCAUGAGAGUUUAUUUUUAUUAUAAGAUAUUUUUAAUAUAAAAUAAUUAUGUAAUUGAACUUGCUAUAUCACAUUCAUUUCAGUGGGCCAGGAGAAUGGAUGUCUCACUGUUUUAAGUAGUUUCUUAAGAAAUUAUUUGGUAAAACAAUUUUUUUACAAAACUGAUAAUUACUCUUUGGCUUUUCAUAGAUUGACUUUACUUUAAAAGUGGUUUUUUUUUCUUAAUAAAUUACCAGUUAGAGAAAUGAGGCCUAUAUAAGGCUGGUAACCUACAUUUGAUGGAGGUCAACCAGCUUUCAGGAGCAAGGAAUAAAGUCAUUCAAGUAAAUCAUAAAAAAAAAAAUUUUAAACCACACCAAUCAUUUGUCUAUCCAGAGAAAACUAAUAAAGAGGCCAACAUUACUUUUUUCAAUUUUCAAAGUAAUUUCAAUCAAGCAAUUUAACUAUGACAAAGUUUAUUUUUGUCUUUUGUAGGUAUGUUGAUGGCAACAUUAAAAAAUAAUUGAAGAGCAAACAUGAUUGUUUUCUACUCUGCUUCUCUAUACUGUAUUCAUAGACUUUUAAAAUAUGAUUUAUCAAUGAUUCAUUUUCCCCUAAAAUAAUGAAGUUUUACACUUUUUAUUGAAACAAUCCUAGAGAGCCUAGAAUGAAUAAACCACUAUUUCAUGCUUUUAAGGAGUUUUCUUUAGAUUUUUUUCUUUUUUUGUAUAAAUACCUAUAAAUUGACUAAGGAAUGUAUGUCUAAACUCUUGAGAAAAAUGAUUUAGACUGGAAACUGAAUUUCAGAGAAAUGGAGUGUUUGGUAGAUAUAAAGGAUGAUAUACAAAGGGAAAAUUCUCAGUAAUACAAUCUAAUUUAGUCUAGUUCGACUUUGAAUUACUUCUUUCUCUUUUCCAUAGUUGCAUCUUGAAUAAAUAGUCUAAAAUUCAUGAUGCUAAGUAGCCUUUCUCAAAAGAUGUUUGUCUGAAAUGCUCAGGUUAGUAAGAAUCUAAUCUCACUCACAAAACUAAACACUCCAGAUUAUUUCAUUAAAUACAAAGGGAGUCCAGAAGAAAAUAACAUUUAUUUCUUUUAGAACAGUAGGGGUCAAGUAAAGUCCUGCCUUGUUUUUUAGAGAUUUAAGGGGACUAUUUUAAUUUAUUCAAUAAAUUCAACUUAAUUUGCCUUCCUGUGGAAACAGUUUUAUCCCAUUAAACUAAGAAUUAAGGGAUUAAUCACAAGCAAAAAAAGUUGCAGCACUGAAGAAAAGUAAUUUAUUGUUUUUGCAACUGGUAUGUGAAUUUGUGUGAUAAAAUUAUUUAUUCUUAUUUAACAAAAAUAUGUGCAAAUUCUAUAUUUAAAAUGUUUUGCUGUUGUCCUACUUUUUAAUUUAUGCUUCGUGUUUGUGUAUAAAGUACACUUUGUGAGUUUACAUAAUAUGCAGCACUGGUUGCUUUUGUAUUUUUUACAGAAAGCUUUCUGUGUGAAAUAGGUGUAUAUGUAUAUAUUCUUCAUGUAUCCUUAUUCUGAUACUAUAGUUUUCCUUUCUAAGGAAGUUUUAAAUUUAAUCUUUCGUGACUAUUAGUGUCUAUUACUUGUAGUUAUGUUAACAGGUCUUUUGGGUUCCAAUAAUACUAUUUUUUCCAAGUCACAGAUAAGAAAAACACUUAUUCAAACAACUAAGGUCCAGGUUUUAAACUUGGAUACAUAGAUAGCCUGGAAACUUCCCACUGAAGCUAAGACAUAAAUAAGAAUCAGGUCCAUUCUUUCACUGAUAAACUUGAACAGGAGCUAUUAAUGAAUUAUGAAGUUGUAUACACAUAACCUCCAAGUGAUAUCAGUGAUAAUAAAACCAAAUACGUCUUUUGCUGCUUUGGAAACAUUCCUUAAAAAUUCAUAUUAUUUAGUCUCUAAUGACUAUAAAAUGAGAGUAAACAAAUUAGAUUUAAAUGAUUCAAACAUUAGUAGUCAUACUGUUUUUACAAAUAGGGGGUCUCCAUUGAUAAAGUGUGACAUUUUUUACUGCUACUAAUGAAUCUCAUGGAGUGAUAAACAGACCUUGGGACAAGCAGCAACACUUCCAAUCACAUCAUCUUGCUUCUAACUAUGAUUUCGCAGUCUGGUCACAGCUAUAAGGCAAAGCACCCUUGGACACACAAGUGACCAGAUCAAUCUCCAGCUCUGAUAUGUCUCCCAUUGAUUCCUUCCUUAUUAAAAAUGUCAUUGUCAUGGUUUAGGCGAAGGGAGCAGCCAGAUUCAAAGAAGCACAGAGUUCACUGUUUGUGAAAUAAGAUUGAAUUUAAUAAUGACCAAAUUGUGCUAAUAGUUUAUGACUGAGUGUAAAAUCUCAUUGGCAUGAUUGAUGAAUAUUACCAAUCUAUUUAUAAUUAAACUUGAGGCCAUAAAAAUACAUUAUAUUUCUUAACAUUUUAAAGCUACAAAAUAAAUGAAAAACCAUGAAUACAGAAAUGGUCAUCCAAAGCUAUAAUAGAACCAAGUUGAGGGUCAAGGUGAUCUAUCAUAUAGACACAUAGAAAAAGAACUUAUGUGUUUCCUUUGGUAAGUCCACUGAUAAAAAAACAACCUUCUUUAUAGCUCUCUGCUAGCAUAAACUGAAGAAAUGACUUCUCAAGUUAUGUCAUUAUGAAACACAUCAUCUAUACUGCAUAAAUGUGUUCUAGUCAAUUAAUGUAUGGGAAUAUAUUGAAAUAAAACCCAUGCAUUAGUGAAACAAAAAAGUGGAAAUAGACACGAUGUUCAAAUCAGAGAAGCAUUCAAUCUGACAAAUGUCUUUCUGGUGCCAUGACACCAUAAAUCUCAAUGCAGAUUUUGUGGGAAAAAUAAAGGAAUAUGCUGUUAUAUUAAGAGAUGUUGGUUUUAAAAAAGAAUAAGACUGAAAUAUACAUGUAGUUAACCCAGUUUAUUGCACUCCUAAUAUCACUAGCACUUUAGCUAUGUCUGCUGUCUGUGGUAAUUACUUGAUAGUGCCACCAACUGAUCCAUAGGUCAAAUGAAAAAACAAAUAAUGGCCCAUCAUCCUAUAAGACACUGCCACAUCAGAGUGACCCUAAGUCUAACACUGUAAGGAAAACUGUGAUUUGAGAUAAAACAGAGCAUUAUUUUUUUUUUCAUUUUCCUUUGACUCAUCCAAUGAACAACUAAUUUUUAUCAAGGUGCUAACAUCUUCAGUGAUCAACUGUCAAAUGUGGUAUUUCUGAAUUACUGUUUUAUUCUACAUGAUUUUUUCAGUUUACAAGAAAGAACUCAAAUUUUUUGACAAGGCUGGGAACAACUUGAUACUCAAAGUUAGGGAAAUUGCAUCUAAUGGUCAUUUUAAUACAGUGUUUGGUGACAUGAGCUAUAUGUACAUCGAAGAUGUUUAAGGUGACAUUAAAACUUGAAGAGUGUCAGGCUAAAGUAGCAGACUUUUAGAUGAGUCAUGUUUCAUUACUUACUAAGACAUCAGCAUUCUUUUUAAGCCUUCCUUUCAAACAAAUUUGUUCAGUUUUUAAAACACAAAUUUUUAUGGAUAUUUGGCCUUACUUUGUUUAAGCUUUGCAGUAUAUUAUAUCCAUAGUAAACACUUGGCUUCUAUAUCUCAUUGCUUUAAUAAUGCACAAUAUAUUAGAAAUACUUCACCCCAUAAUAAGAGCAUAUUAAGAAUAGAAGAUCAUACUCUGUGUGACUUUGUGAGGCUAGACUUUUGAUUGAUAUAUAUAUAUAUAAUAUGCAGCACUGGUUGCUAUAUAUAUAUAGUCUCCGGAUGGUGGUUUUGCAUUACAUACUCAAGCAUGACAUAAAUAUAGAAGUUGACAAAUACUUUGUACAUUUUAGUAUGAUCUAUUUGUCAGAGGAAAUCAUGCACGUGCUUUGUAAAUAGACUGCAGAUAACUGAGCAGAUUGCAGAAAUAUAUUCAAUUUGAUGUAAACAGUGGCACAAGUAGCUGAUUUCUCUAUUAGAAUCUGUGAGUAAAUUCAGGAAAUAAACUUAAGUAGGUAGAAGUGAGAUUUUUAAAUCUUGAAAGAUGCUUUCAAGGUAGAGUAAAAUAUUGAAGAUUUGCAUGUUGUAUGUAAAUAAGCCGUAAAAUGUAAGCUGUCUAUUACCCUCAUUUUUCCAGAAGUGAUGAUUUUUUCAGUAAACAUAAUGUGGCUGAAAAACAAAAACAUCUUGGAAAACUAAGACAGGUAUCAUUUAAAACAUCUCCUCAGCUUUGACAAAUUUCACACAAAUCAGUUAUUGAAAGCAUUACUGUGUCUUAUAGCCUGCAUUCCACAACAGCUCUGUUUUCCACAACAGCUCUGUAAAUCACUUGAACUGAGUCGUUUGGGACCUAUACUGUAAUAUUUUUCAUCAAGGAACAAUAUCUUAUUUUGUAAAGCAUUUCCCUAUGUGUGACUUUAAACUGUAAAAUUAAACAUUGGCUUUGUGGUUCCAGUGGACAUAAUAAAUGUAAAUUGUAAACUA